AGCCGAUUUCCUAAAUUGUGUAAAAUUAUCAGGAAUCAUGAGAAAGAGCAAAUGAAGAGAAUGAGAGAGAAAGAGAAGCAUUAGUAAGAGAGACUAGAAAAUGCUCAAAAGAAUUGUCUUUCAUCUUUAUACAUAUUCUACUCUGUCAAUAAAAUAUUUCUAAACAUUGAAAAAUCAACUUGCCUUUUCAUUACAUUCUAUCUUUAUCAGUAAAUCCAUUAAUAAAUUAAAUCAAUUUGCAUAUAUUUUCAAUAAACAGUGUUACCCCAAAUUAUAUCAAUAUUUACUUUUAAAGUAUAGUAAUAUCGGUAGAUUAUAAUUUUUUAUAGUCAAGUGUCUCCUUCCUAUCAUUGUUUUGUUUUGUCUGUUAUUGUUUCAAUUUCAUUUUGACAUUAUACUGUUCAUUGCUACCAUUGAUGCAGAAGUACGAGAAAUUGGAAAAAAUUGGUGAAGGUACCUAUGGAACCGUAUUCAAAGGUAAAAAUCGUGAAACCCAGGAGAUUGUUGCCUUAAAACGGGUUAGAUUAGAUGAUGAUGAUGAAGGUGUCCCAAGCUCAGCACUUCGUGAGAUAUGCUUACUCAAGGAGCUUCGACAUCGUAAUAUUGUGAGAUUAUGUGAUGUGCUUCAUAGUGAAAAAAAGUUGACCCUCGUCUUUGAACAUUGUGACCAAGACUUGAAAAAAUAUUUUGAUAGUCUCAAUGGAGAAAUUGACCCUGACGUGGUUAAAUCAUUUUUCUAUCAACUUCUUCGAGGCCUGGAGUUUUGUCACAAGAACAAUGUCCUUCACAGAGACUUGAAACCUCAAAAUUUGUUAAUCAAUAAAAAUGGUGAACUUAAGUUAGCGGAUUUUGGCUUAGCUCGGGCUUUUGGUAUUCCAGUAAGAUGUUACUCAGCUGAGGUAGUUACUCUUUGGUAUCGUCCCCCUGAUGUCCUUUUUGGAGCCAAAUUAUAUACAACCUCUAUCGAUAUGUGGUCAGCAGGCUGUAUUUUUGCUGAAUUGGCUAAUGCUGGACGGCCUUUAUUUCCUGGUUCAGAUGUGGAAGAUCAGCUGAAAAGAAUAUUUAAGCUUCUUGGUACUCCAACAGAAGAAACUUGGCCCGGUGUUGCUACUCUUCCAGACUAUAAACCAUUCCCAAUGUAUCAUCCAACCACCAGCUUUUCAUCGGUUGUUCCAAAGCUGAAUUCUAAGGGUCGUGAUUUACUACAAAAAUUAUUAGUUUGUAAUCCAUCUCAUCGUUUAUCCGCUGAGGAAGCAAUGUCUCAUGCUUUUUUCAAUGACCUGAGUCCUGCGAUUAAAAAUUUAGCUUAAACCCAGACUCCUUUACACAUCUUCACACCCGGUCUUGAAUUCUGGUGUCACUCAUAAUCGUCAAUCACCAAUUAUAAAUGAAAUUAUGUACAUCACAACUCAAAGAGUCAUACCACAUUCUGUAUUGUAAACUUUAUAAAGAAUUUCAUUACCAGUUA